AUGCCACUGGGGCAGGAUGGACCCAGCUGGAAGAAGAGGACCGAGGACAUUCGUCGCAUCUACGACUUCCGAGAGGUCCUGGGCACGGGGGCCUUCUCUGAGGUGGUCCUGGCAGAGGAGAAAGCAACACGGAAAUUGGUGGCCAUCAAAUGCAUUGCCAAGGCGGCGCUGGAGGGGAAGGAGACCAGCAUUGAGAACGAGAUCGCUGUCCUACACAAAAUCAAGCACCCCAACAUUGUGGCCUUGGAUGACAUUUACGAGAGCAGCACCCACCUCUACCUCAUCAUGCAGCUGGUGUCAGGGGGGGAGCUCUUUGACCGCAUCGUGGAGAAAGGCUUUUACACCGAGCGGGAUGCCAGCACCCUGAUCCGGCAGAUCCUCGAUGCUGUCAAGUACCUGCAUGACAUGGGGAUCGUCCACCGUGACCUGAAGCCCGAGAACCUGCUCUAUUACAGCCUGGACGAGGACUCCAAGAUCAUGAUCAGUGACUUUGGGUUGUCAAAGAUUGAGGGCUGUGGCAGCGUCAUGUCCACAGCCUGCGGCACCCCUGGCUACGUGGCCCCAGAAGUGCUGGCACAGAAGCCCUACAGCAAGGCAGUGGAUUGCUGGUCCAUUGGGGUCAUCGCCUACAUCCUGCUCUGUGGUUACCCCCCUUUCUAUGACGAGAACGAUGCCAAGCUCUUUGAGCAGAUCCUGCGGGCUGAGUAUGAGUUUGACUCACCCUACUGGGAUGACAUCUCGGACUCAGCCAAGGACUUCAUCCAGCACCUGAUGGAGAAGGACCCCAGCAAGCGCUUCACCUGUGAGCAAGCCCUGCAGCAUCCCUGGAUUGCUGGGGACACGGCUCUGGACAAGAACAUCCACCAAUCAGUGAGUGAGCAGAUCAAAAAGAACUUUGCAAAGAGCAAAUGGAAGCAAGCCUUCAAUGCCACGGCGGUGGUGAGACACAUGCGGAAGCUGCAGCUGGGAACCAGCCAGGAGGGCCCUGGGCAGACAACUCCCACCAGCCCCUGUGAGAGGCUGGUGGGGGGCACCAGCAACGGGUCGGACUGCAGACGCUCCCCCACAAGUAGAGUGCAGCGCCUCUCACCAGACUGAGCACAGCCCCACAUGGCCACAGCUUGGGAGUGCUGGGGAAGGGGCCAGGGGUCCCAGCCCUGCUGUGGGCACAGCAUGGG